UGAAUUCACUUGAUGGAUGUCUCAUUUAAGUAGGCCUGCUUUAAUGAGAUCAGUGUUGAAAUUCAGCGUAUGCAUUAAAUAAUGGACUUAUUUUAAUUUUACAAAGUUUAUGAAAGCUAAUUCGGUGAGUAUACGUGUGUUAAAGUAUAUACAUAUAGUAACACACGCCGUACGUCACCGUCGUCGUAUUUACAUUCUUUGUGCAGGAAAAAACGUCGCCUAGCGAAAACCUUCAUAUUCGAAACGUAUCGCUGAACGAGAAACACAUAAUGUGAACAAUGUACGUGAUAAAAUAACGGAUAUACAAUAAUUAAUAUACAUGCUAGUGUGUCGAAAAAAUAGCAAGUUAGGAAUAGCCACGUGAUUCAGAAUUAUCUUCAUAAAAGGACAUGAACUUAUAAUACGUAAUUAUUUCUUUUCAUAAGAAAUAUGGGGUUUACCAAGACACAUUUUUUCUUGUUUUCGUUAGUCACUAUUGUGAUGUUGCUAGGAGUGAAGUACUAUUUUGACAAUGGAAUUACUAAUGACCAUGUACCUGAUGCUACUGUUAUAGAAAUAAAUAAAAAUAAGUAUUCUGAAAAUGAGAAGUUUAAGUUUCACACGUCAUAUUUGGAGAGAACGAUUAUAAAUCUUGUUCAGCAGAGAAAUAAUAUGUCUCGUGCAAUGAAUCUAAAACAACAGAAAAUUGGACAGAUGGAAUGUGAGGAGGCAACACGUAAUAAAGUAAGACAGAAGGUAUCAUCUACCGGCGGAUGGUGUGCACAAACAAGUGUAGAAAACUCUGGUGAACAUAAGACCGAUACAAAACUUGUCCCGGUACUGGCGAAAUUUUUCCAGGAUAAAUAUGUUGCAUCAUUUGGUGACGGACCAGGUCGAUAUAAACAGCUGCUCUCAGAUUCUGGUCUUUUAAAGGGAUAUGACGCCUAUGACGGUGCGCCUUUUAGUGAGAAGACCAGCGAGGGGCGUGUCAUGUACCUCGAUCUGACACUCCCACAAUACGGUUUACCACUUUAUGAUUGGGUGAUGAGUCUGGAAGUGGCGGAGCAUAUACCAAAAGAGUAUGAAAGCAUAUAUCUUGAUAAUAUUGCAAGGCAUGCAAAGGAGGGUAUUAUUCUCAGCUGGGCAAAGCCAGGACAAGGAGGUUUUUCCCAUGUGAACACAAGACCAUUUGAGUACGUUAAAGCCGCCUUUGAAAAGCUCGGAUUUGAACAUGAUGCUCAAAAUUCUGACAUGCUUAAAAAGGCUGCUUCGCUAGAGUGGUUACAGUGGAACACGAACGUUUAUAGAAGAAAAGACUUAAGUAAUAUCGACCAUAUCAAAACGCUGUUGACUUGAGAAAAAUAUAUGCGCAUAUUAAUGAUUGGAAAACAUUUUCAUCCGGAUAACGAGGGGAUAAAGUGUUAUAUGUUACCUAAAAAUCGGUAUUUAAUUAUUCAAUUUCAAAAAAUGCAUUAUUGUUUAUUAUGCUAUCGGCAGCAACAUUUUACGCUAACAUUGUCAUUCUUUUUCUGUUCAAGUUGACUGUACUAUUUUACAUGUCUGCAAUAAACGAAAGGGAUAAGAAUUGCUUUUGCCACCAGUAAUGAGCCAGACCAGCUUGUAUCUCCCUGGAGUCUACCUAGCUAGCCUCUGUAUGCUUAAUUCACGUACUUGAUAUUUGUACAAGUGAUAAUGGACAUUUGUAAAAUGGAAAGUCGCCAUGUUUAUUUGAGUAUUUAACAGAUUAAAGGGUCAUUAAAUCAGAAGAGAAUACAAUCAGCAUGUAUUAGUAACAGAAGAAAGAUUUAAACUACACUAAAGUCUUACAUGUAGCAAUUAUAAAGUUUCCGAUCAUAUGAUGAUAACUAUAUUAUAUGUAUAUAGAUUGCUUAUUAUUAUUAUUAUAUAGGUCAUAAUAUGCAAUUAGUUCAUUUUUUUGUAAAAUUUCUGUUUUAAGAAGAAUGGGUGAUGCAAUAAAUAAAAUAAAAUAUUAAUGUAGAAAUAUUUUAGAGACAGCUAUUGAAUAUAGGUGAGGGUUUUCUUACGUAAUAUUUGUCAUAUAUUAAACAUUUGUAGGUCGCGUGCCAUAAAACGUGCUAAGAAUUAAUGCUUUGUCUAUUUUAUUAUUUUUAUCUAGUCUUUAUUUCCAUUUUUGUCAGUUUUUAUCCACUUUUUAUAUGCAGUUUUCUUGCCCCGACUCUAAAGUAACCUUUUUUUCUGUUGCGUAUUUUCAUGCUUUUGUUUUGGUCUUUUUGAUGGUACAAUAUGGAAUCUUGUAAACGUUUAUCAUAUGUUGCAAUUUCUCUUUAUUUUACUAUAUAAGGAAUUUAUUUUUAAAUUGUCUCUAUAAUUGUACUUUGAUACUUGCCAUUGCUUAUUGUUUGUGAGCUGUAUAGAGAAAAAAAAACAUUGCAAAAGAAUUAUUCAUGUACAUUGUAUGUCUUUUCUGUGGUGGAACUACGUAUCUUAUUAACAUAUCAUAUUAUAUGAUAAAACAUGAUUGUACAGAAAUGUAUAUAUUAAUAUAUUUCAUGUUAUUAUAACAUCUAUCCCAUAUGUAUCAAAUACACAUGUUUGAAUAAAUAUGAAUUAUAGUAAGUCA